AUGGCUGCAAUUAAUGUAUAUCAUACAAGUGUAACAACAGACAAUCUUAGUCGUAAUGAUAUUCUACAAUGGAUAAAUUCAGCACUUGAUGCUAAUUAUACAAAAAUUGAAGAUCUUUGUACCGGUGCUGCAUAUUGUCAAUUUAUGGAAAUGAUGUUUCCAGGCUCUAUAGGUGCACGAUCAAAACGGGUCAAAUGGAAUACCAAACUUGAGCAUGAAUAUAUUAAUAAUUUUAAAGUUUUACAAGAAUAUUUUAAAGCACUUUCCGUAGACAAGAAAAAAAAAGAAGUAUUUAAAUUUUUUCUUAUAGGUUCAUUACAAUUAAAAAGAGUGAAAUUCAAUGCCAAAUUAGAACAUGAAAAUAUACAAAAUUUUAAAAUUUUACAAAAUGCAUUUCGUGCUGUACAAGUAGAUAAGAUUGUACCUGUCGAAAAAUUGGUUAAAGGAAAAUUUCAGGAUAAUUUUGAAUUUGUUCAAUGGUUUAAAAAAUUCUUUGAUGCGAAUUACACAGAUCCUCAUGAUUAUGAUCCUGUAGCUGCUCGUGAUGGACUACCAUUAGGUAGUGGUACGAAAGCUCUCGGUCCAGGUGCAACAAGUGGUUCGUCAGGCACUCGUGCACCACCUGCUGUUGCUGCUCGACCACCACCAACAAAGACUGUUGCUCCACCAAUAGCACGACCAACAACUACAACAAAACCCAUUCAACAACAACAGCCAAAAAUUUCUCCUGCUGCUCAUCGAGCACCAGCACCACCCGUACAACAACCUCCAGUUGCUAAUGAUCAUCAUCAAAAUACACGAGUACAUCAACCUACAGCUGGUAGUGAUCAUCAUCAUCAAAAUGCACGAUUACAACAAGAAAUUGAUCAUUUACAAGAUCUUAUUCAACAACAUGCUUCUCAAAUAGCUGGUUUAGAAAAAGAACGUGAUUUUUAUUAUCAAAAAUUACGUGAUGUUGAAAUGAUCUGUCAAGAACCAGAAUAUGAAUCAUCGCAACCAAUACAAAAAGUUCUUGAAAUACUUUAUGCUACGGAGGAAGGUUUUGCGCAACCUGAUCAAGAAAAUGCUAAUGGUGAUUUCGAUAAUGGAGACGGUCUUACUGUUAAUAAUGGUAAUGGUUCUGCUUUUGUCGGUGGUGAUGAUGAGACAUAUUAA